AUGACAGCAAAACUCCCGACUCGUCAACUCGGUAAGGAUGGACCUGAAGUCACAGCACCUGGUUUCGGGCUCAUGGGUCUCUCUGCUUUCUAUGGUGCUGUUGGUAGUGAUGAAGAGCGCUUCAAAUUACUAGAUGCUGCAUAUGAGAUGGGAGAGAAUAAUUGGGAUUCUUCUGAUAUAUAUGCUGACAGCGAGGACCUCGUCGGGAAAUGGUUCAAACGUACCGGCAAAAGAAACGAGAUCUUCAUCGCGACAAAAUUCGGCAUCGUAAUGAGCGACGGAGGCCGUGGCACACGCGGUGACCCCGAAUACGUAAAGCAAGCAUGCAACAAGAGCCUCAAGCGCUUAGGUAUCGACUGCAUCGACCUGUACUACUGCCACCGCCUCGACCAGGAGACACCCGUCGAAGAGACCGUCAAAGCGAUGGUAGAGCUGAAAAAUACACUGACACAACCUACCAUCAGCGAGGGCAAGAUCAAAUACCUCGGCCUUUCCGAAUGCUCCGCCCGCUCUCUCCGCCGGGCCCACGCUGUCCACCCCAUCACAGCCAUCCAAACCGAGUACUCUCCCUUCGAAAUUUCCAUCGAAUCUGACGAAGUAAACCUACUCCGCACCUGCCGCGAACUUGGCGUCAGCGUCAUUGCCUAUUCGCCCCUCGGCCGGGGCAUGCUCACAGGUGCCUACAAAUCCCCUGACGACUUCGAAGAGGGCGAUUUCCGCAAGCACGCUCCGCGCUUCUCGAAGGAGAAUUUCCCGAAGAAUCUGGAGCUGGCGGGGAAGAUUGCGGAGUUGGCGACUAAGAAGGGUGUUACGCCCGGACAGCUGAGUCUGGCGUGGUUGAUGAGUCAGGGGAAGGACGUGGUGCCGAUUCCGGGGACGAAGAAGUUGAAGUAUUUGGAGGAGAAUGUGAGGGCGAUCAAAGUGGUGUUGAGCAAGGAGGAGGGAGGGGAGAUCAGGAAGGCGGUGGAAGGGGCGGAGGUGCAUGGGGUUCGGUAUCCUGAGGGGAUGAUGGGGACGUUGUAUGCGGAUACGCCGGAGUUGAAGGCAUGA